AUGUACUCAGGUCUCUCACUCCGCUGCAUCUCCUUCUCACUUCUUAUUUAUCCAACCAUUAGCGUGAGUGUCUCGACUUGGCUAUUGGUCGUAAUUGAGUGGUUGGGGGGAAUGAUUAUGGAUUAUGGAUAUGGAUUUCCUAGGGUGGAUUGGUAUGCACAUGACAUGGACAUGGACGUCAUAAGCCAUUUAUUGGAUUUGAUUUACACAUAUCUAAUAUCUGUACUGUACACAUUGAAUCUCUAUCAAGUGAAGAGAGCCAUUCUAUUUGCAGACCUUUCGGAGAAUUUAUUGCUAAAGAGGGAAUAUAAAGUUCCCCCCUAA